AUGGCACUGCUGUGCUACAACAAGGGCUGCGGGCAGAGGUUUGAUCCCGAGCACAACACCGAGGAUUCCUGCCUGUAUCACCCAGGUGUCCCCAUCUUCCAUGAUGCCCUGAAGGGCUGGUCUUGUUGCAAGAAACGUACAACAGACUUCUCUGAGUUCCUCUCCAUAAAGGGAUGCACAAAGGGGUUUCACAGCAAGGAGAAGCCCCCUGAGCCUUCCAGCCAAGAGAAGACCUCAGAUGAACUAAAGUCCAAACCAGCAAAGGAGAUCAUCGUCCAAGGACCAAAAUCAGCUGAGAAGAUGCUGCGGGAAAGACCAAGCUCUGAUGAGCCAAGACAACUGCUGCCAAUUAAAGUAUCCAGGUCUCUGGAGCAGGCACUGGAGAAACUGAACAUGUCCUCUGAGGACAAGAUACUUGAGAGCAGUUGUACAGGUGAGGAGGCUGUCCAGGUGAGAGCUGGCACCACGUGCAAGAACGCAGCCUGCAAGGCAAUCUACCAGGGCCCAGAGAGUAACACAGAAGUUUGUAUGUUUCAUCCUGGUGUCCCUGUCUUCCAUGAGGGGAUGAAGUACUGGAGCUGCUGUGGAAUCAAAACUACGGACUUCAGUGCCUUCAUGGAGCAACCAGGCUGCAGCCAUGGGUGUCACUGCUGGACAGAAAAGAAGGACAAGAAGGCGGUGCUGUGCCGGCAGGACUGGCACCAAACCAGCAGCCAGGUGGUGGUGACAGUCUAUGCCAAGAACCCCCUGCCCACCCUCAGCAACGUGAAGGCCAAUCGCACCGUGCUUGAGGCUCAUAUCAUCUUUGAAGGGAAUAAGAUUUUCCAGGCAGAACUGGAGCUCUGGGGGACCAUUGAUGUAGAGAAGAGCUUUGUGAGCAUGGUCCCAGCCAAGGUGGAGAUCACGCUUUGCAAAGCCAGCCCUGGCUCCUGGGCCAGGCUGGAGCUCCCCCAAAGCAAGUCGCAGUCCUGUGGUGAGCAAGAGAAGGAAGCUGCAAACACAGAGGAGCCUGGGGCUGUGCAGGAUGAGGACUCUGAUGACAGCUUGAGCUGGUCAGAGGAGGAAUAUGAAGAGUUGGAGAUGGGAACACCGGAUAUGAAAGCACCGAGUAAUUGACGAUCAAGUGCUUCAGCAGCUGAGUGCUGCUGGUUCCUGAGCUACUGGGCACCUUGGCACCAGAUCCAGAA